AUGAUGCCCUCCACCACUUCUUCGGCCCUUUCCAACUCCCAACAGCCUCCAGUUCACGGCCCACCCCGCCCCAUCAGCAACGACGACAGCUCCUCCACCCCGCAAGGCGAAAAACGCAAACGCGUCUCCCGAGCCUGCGAUCAAUGCAACAUCCUCCGUACUCGCUGCGGAGGCGGAUGUCCAUGUGAAAGGUGUUUAGAAACGGGGACGUUGUGUGAGUAUACCCGGAUUCCGAAGAAGAGGGGAGUUGCGAAGGGUACGACGACGAGGACGCCGCAGCCGCAGCCGCAGUCGUCGGGUAUGUCGCAGCCCGGAGGAUCCGGACCUUCCACGGGAAGUCCCUCAUAUCAUGACGGCGGACCCGGAUUACAUCGACAAGCAGCACAACUCCGUCCCGAUGUAGGGAGACAACAGCACUCCGCUUACUCCAAUGUAUCCUACAAAACGGAGAGUCCGCAACAGGUACAGAGGGAUUUGCAGGGCAGUCGGACAUCAAGCAUUACGUCGCAUCAGCCGGUGAGUGGGAAUGCUAGUGUGUCGAGUCCUGAUACGCAUGGUCAUUAUGGCCAGUAUCAGCAUCAACACCACCAGCAACAUCCACAGCAGCAUCAGCAGCAGGCGCAAGGGUAUACGACGGGUGUGCAUACCCCGUACGGCAGCUCGGGCACGUUCCCAACCUUGACCUCGGCGGCACCGAGUGGAAUGACCCCGCUCCAGACAGAAUACACCCCGCCCGUAUCAGACAUGCGAACGCAGAUAUCACAACAACCUUACAGUAAUGACGCUAUGAACGAUACGUUUUCGUCAGGGGUUUAUCUACCGAUCGCACAGCCGCAGAUUGCGCAACAGCCAUUGUUACCCGCUGCACCCAUGCAACAGGCUAGUAUGGGACCUGUUGGUGGGUCGUAUGGUGGAGGAGGGAUGGGACAUACUCAGGGUGGGAGUGUGGGCGGGUAUGGUGGGUACGGGUAUGAACAGCAAGCCGUGCAGCGAGUUCAGCCUGGGCUUGGACCUGGACCGGGUGCUACGACCACAUCGCAUUCCUUUAGUCCUGGAGGUUCAUUCGGCGGGAUCUUUUCGGGCCCCGGAACGAUCGCGAAUACCCCCGCCCCUGCUCCUGCACCUCUCCCUCUGGGCAUUCCUACGAGUCAGGCACCAACGCAUACCUCCUUCCCCGGUGUAGGCGUUGUAGCGGGUAUGGGUACCAGUCCAUUCCCCCGUCUACCGCAUCCCGGGAACAGAACGCAUGUUCCACCGACGUGCAAAUAUCCGAUCCUACACCCCCUACUUCCAGCGCUUGCGCCGAUUAUCGGAGCGGAUGUUGCUGCAAGUCUGUUGGAGACGUAUUUCGAUAAUUCGCCGUUGGUUUUGGGAUAUUGUAUCAGGCGCAGUUCGAUCCUCGACAAAACAAAUCCGAGGAAGACGACGAAGGCGUUGGUGUAUGCUAUGUUGUGCGUUGCGUCACAUCAUGCUGAGCAUACUGCCUUGAGCUCGAGUCCAGUGACGAGGAACCGCGUCGUGCAUCGGUUGUUUGAACUGUGUCUUGAGGAGUUGAAGCCGUUGAGGCAUGAGAGUGGGGGGGUGUUGGACGACGUUAUUACGUAUAUCCAGCUUGGAACUAUUAUCAGUGCGAGUGAGUUCAAAGGGGUUAGUUUGAGGUGGUGGAAUGCUGCGUGGACCUUGGCGAGGGAGUUGAAUCUGAACCGCGAGUCUGGGUUCUCCGAAGGGGACGAGGAGCCUAACCAGGAAGGCGAUGCUCUGGAAAACUUCACCGAGGAAGAACGUGAGGAACGAAGACGGACGUGGUGGAUCUUGUUUGCGGUUGACAGGCAUUUAGCGUUGUGCUAUCACCGGCCUCUCAUGCUCGGCGAAUGGGAAUGCGAAAAGUUGAGGUGGCCGAUCGAUGAUGUCGUAUGGGAAGCUGAUGUUGACUUGGUGGAGAAUGGAGGCCCUAAGGGUAGCGGGGUUUUCUUUGAGGUGAGAGGAAGGGGGGUGUUCGAGUUCUUUUUGCCGUUGAUGUGUAUCUUGGGGGAGAUUGUUCAUUUGCACAAUGCGAUGCAACACCCGACGCUCGCACCGUCCGUACAAGCUCAGCAGGAUAUGAAGGCGGUCAUUUCAGCGCAUCUGGAAGGGUACAGGAUCAGCUUGGGGAACUUUGUUCCGGCCGACGGGAUGGAUGAGGGUCCCUUUAGGGCUUAUGCUGAGCAGAUCAUGCAUACGCUGCAUAUUCUUCUAUCAGGCAAAUGGGACGCGCUCGAAAUGCUCGACGAUAUUGAUGGGUGGAUCACGAGCCCGGAGUUCUUGGAUGCUACGGCGCAUGCUGUACAAGCUGCUGAAGCCGUGGGGCGGAUCCUCGUUGCUGAUCCGUCAAUCUCGUACUUGCCAUUCUUCUCUGGGAUUUACUUGUUGCAGGGAUCCUUCCUGCUCCUCCUCAUCCUCGAUCAGCUCCCUGACCCGGACCAGUCUGUCAUUUCGGCCUGCGAAGGUCUUGUCCGUGCACACGAAAGUGCUAUUUGUACGCUCGACACUGCGUACCAGCGUAACUUCAGGAGGAUCAUGAGCGGCACGAUCAGUAUCGUCAAGAAAAAGAGAGGUGGGGUGGUUGAUGAGCGCGCAGAGGAUGCUAAUCGCGCAAAGGUCAGAGAGGUGUUGGGGUUGUAUAGGUGGACCAAGGAGGGUAGGGGUUUGGUUGUCAGUCAAGUAUGA